CUUGAUCUCUGUGACAUUGAAGUUGCGAUUGAAACCGAAAGCUGUUAACCACAUGUUAUCUGGGUUAUUGCGACGAGGCGUCCAGCGACCGCGGUUCAUCCAAAAUCUCAGCGAAGCACUAUCUCUAGGGGCACCCCUACUCUACUCCCAGAUCCGCAACAUGGACGACAUUGCUCUGGAUGCGGCUAAGAAGACGGCGGCCCGCACGGCCGUGGAUCAGUGGGUCACGGAGGAUACGAAGAUUCUGGGCAUCGGGAGCGGCUCCACCGUCGUCUACGCAGUCCAGCGGAUCGCGGAGCGUGUGUGGAAGGAGGGAGAGCUCACGGAUCUCAUCUGCGUGCCCUCAUCCUACCAGGCGCGCCACCUGGUCCUCGACUACAACCUCAAUCUGGGCGAUCUGGACAGGAACCCCAACAUAGACGUGGCCAUCGACGGGGCCGACGAGGUGGACCGGCACAUGGUGCUCAUCAAAGGCGGCGGCGGCUGCCUGCUCCAGGAGAAGGUGGUGGCCUCUUGCGCCAAGCACUUCAUCGUGGUGGCCGAUUACACGAAGAACUCCAUCCGUUUGGGUGAGCAGUGGUGCCGCGGCGUACCCAUCGAGGUGGCUCCCAUGGCCUAUGUGCCCAUCAAGCUACACAUCGAGGCGCUCUUCGGCGGAGAAGCCUCCCUGCGGAUGGCCAAGGUCAAGGCUGGACCCAUUGUCACGGACAAUGGCAACUUCCUGCUGGACUGGAAGUUCAUCGCCAACCGGGAGUACGAUUGGGAUGAGGUAAACCGGGCCAUCACCAUGAUUCCGGGCGUCCUGGAGACGGGUCUGUUCGUCAACAUGGCCCACAAGUGCUACUACGGGAUGGCCGAUGGCACGGUCAAAGUUCAAAACAAGUAGUUGUAAGGGGUUUAUGAAUAAAGUUCAACUAUCUAACAUGUUUUCUUGAGAAGAGUUGGGGGUGCCAUUGUGGCGCUCCUUGCAUUUAUCUAUUACUGCAAAGUUCCUUAACGGUGAAGAUUUUAUAUAAAAAUAAUUAAAGAUUGAGUUACUAAACCUA